AUGUUCAAUAAACUCUCCUUCAACUCUGACAUCCUCUUCCAGAUGGCCUCUCAACUACACAACUCAGCGACGCCGGCCUAUACACUCGCAGAAGGAUGCCCGCAAAAAGAUCCUGCGUCUUCAUUCAGUAUCAAUAAACCCGGUGGAGGUAGCUUGUUGUUGCUUCAAGAUACUCAACUCAUCGAAAAACUUGCGCACUUUGCUCGAGAACGCAUACCUGAGAGAGUCGUUCAUGCAAGUGCUGCUGGAGCGUUCGGCGAGUUCGAAGUCACACACGAUAUAACCGAUCUCACUUCUGCCGCUUUCUUGUCGGAAGUUGGCAAGAAGACUCCCUUCCUAGUGAGAAUAUCGACUGUUGGUCCAGAAAGAGGGUCAGCCGAUACUGUAAGAGAUGUUCGUGGAUGGGCGAUGAAGUUGAAAACAGAUGAAGGAAAUCAAGACUGGGUCUUCAAUGACAUCCCUGUAUUUUUCGUUAGAGAUCCGAUCAAGUUUCCAUCAGUGAACAGAUCGCACAAGCGUCAUCCGCGAACGCAUCUUCCGGAUUCAACUAUGUUCUGGGACUUUCACAAUAACAACCAAGAGAGCAUUCAUGCUUUGAUGUGCCUGUUCAGUGACCGAGGAACCCCAGCUUCGCUUCGGAACAUUGACGCAUUCGGUGGCCAUACAUACAAGUUUACCAAGACGGAUGGCACAUUCCACUACGUGAAGAUCCACUUCAAGACAAAUCAUGGAAUCAAGAACUUCACAGAUGCAGAAGCCACAAGGAUUGCAGGAGAGAACCCAAACCACAAUGUUCAGGAUCUUUUCGAGAACAUUGAGAAGGGAGACUUCCCCAGCUGGACUGCAUAUCUUCAAGACAUGACGCCUGAGCAGGCCGAGAGCUACAAGUGGAAUAUUUUCGACAUGACCAAAGUCUGGCCGCACAAGGACUUUCCCUUGAGACCAUUCGGAAAAAUUGUGUUCAAUAAGAAUCCUCAAAAUUAUUUUGCAGAUAUCGAACAAGCUUCAUUCUCCCCCUCCACCAUGGUACCAGGGAUUGAACCGUCUGCCGAUCCAAUGCUUCAAGCGAGAAUGUUCAGCUACCCGGACGCUGCUCGAUACCGACUUGGUGUCAACUAUCAACAACUUCCAACAAACUGCCCAGUCAGCCCAGUAUAUUCUCCCAUGCAGAGAGAUGGAGCUGCAAAUUUUCGAGGCAAUUAUGGACCGGAUCCAAACUAUGUGAGGUCCAGCCUACGAUCAAUGACGUACGCAGCAGGCAAUGUCAGCCAUGAUGAAUGGGCAGGAAAGGCCGCAUCGUACUCAUCAGAGGUAACUGACGAUGACUUUGUACAAGCAACGGCUCUGUGGGCUGUUCUCGGUACACAGCCAGGGCAGCAAGAGAACUUUGUUUCGAAUGUGGCCGGGCACUUGAAGUCUGCUAUUCCUCAAGUACAAGAGAAGACUAUAGAAAUGUUCUCACGAGUUGAUGAGGGCUUGGGGAAAUUGAUUGCAAAGGCUUUGUAA